UUAUUGGUCUCACUGUGCAGUAGCUGUUUGCAGCGUUAUCCCUGGAAUAUGAGUAACAUGUUUGCUUUUUUCACGGUAACACUAACCCUGUUUAGUGUCGAAGUGUUUGGCCUGCCGUACAGUUAUUCUCAGUCAAGAAAACAACAUGGAUUCAAGACGGAGCCGCAGUUCACAGAGAAGUACUUCAGCCAGACUGUGGAUCACUUCAACUUUAACAGCAUGGGGAAUGGAACAUUUAAUCAGCGUUACCUGAUCACAGAUAAGUACUGGAAGAAAGGCUAUGGUCCUGUUUUCUUCUACACUGGCAAUGAGGGAGACAUCUGGGAGUUUGCACUCAACUCUGGCUUCAUCACAGAGCUGGCUGCUCAGCAGAGCGCCUUGGUCAUAUUUGCUGAACAUAGGUACUAUGGCAAAUCUCUGCCGUUCGGCAAAGACUCCUUCAGCAUUCCUCAGAUCGGCCUACUGACAGUGGAGCAAGCCCUCGCUGACUAUGCUGUCAUGAUCACUGAGCUGAAACAGCAGCUGGCAGCAACAGACUGUCCCGUCAUCGUGUUUGGUGGCAGUUAUGGUGGAAUGCUGUCAGUCUACAUGAGACUCAAGUAUCCAAAUAUUGUGGCUGGAGCUCUGGCUGCCAGUGCGCCCAUACUGUCCACUGCUGGGCUGGGAGACUCGAGGCAGUUUUUCAGAGACGUCACAGCUGAUUUUGAAAGUGUUGCCACUGAAUGCAGAGAAGCUGUGAGAGGAGCGUUCCAUCAGCUGAAAGAAAUGGCAGAACGACAAGAUUACAGUCGCAUCCAGUCAGAGUUCUCCCUGUGUAAGGCUCCAUCAUCUGCUCAGGACAUCCACCAGCUCAAUGGCCUGCUGAGGAAUGCCUUCACUUGUAUCGCCAUGCUGGAUUAUCCAUACAGCACUCACUUCAUGGGCAACAUGCCUGCAAACCCUGUCAAGGUGGCCUGUGAAACUAUGUUGAGUGGACCAGACCUGCUCACCAACCUCAGGGACACUGCAGGGAUUCUGUACAACGCUACUGGGAUUCUGACCUGUUUUGACCUGUACAGUCUGUAUUUGGAGUGUGCUGAUCCCACUGGCUGUGGACUGGGUUUCAACAGCAUGGCCUGGGACUAUCAGGCGUGCACAGAGAUCAAUCUGUGCUAUGAGAGCAACAAUCUGACGGACAUGUUUCCUCCCAUGGCCUUCACUCAGAGAGACCGUGAGCUUUACUGCUCCAAACGCUGGGCUGUAGUUCCACGACCAGACUGGCUUAAAACCCAGUUCUGGGGCGACGCCCUCUCUACAGCUAGCAACAUUAUUUUCUCCAAUGGAGAUCUGGACCCAUGGGCAAAUGGAGGGGUGCGCAAAUCCUUGAGCUCAUCGUUGAUAGCUAUCAACAUCUCUGGCGGAGCCCAUCAUCUGGAUCUGAGAGGAUCUAAUGAUGCUGAUCCAGUGUCAGUCAUCACUGCCAGGAAGACAGAGGCUGACCUCAUCGCACAGUGGGUGAAGAUGGAGCGGACCAGAUUAAGACGGACACCUUAAAGCACAAGUUCAGAGUGUGUGUCAGGACUGGAAUGAUGUUGAACUGUUAUUUUCUGUGAAAUCAUGAGGGAUAUCAAAGACCACUGUAGCAUAAUUCAGAUCAUUUCAGUCUGUGACUCCACAUUAUGACCCAACUCCAUGUUGCAUAUUAACUGUAAUCAGUUGGUAUGUAAUAUCUCAUGUUCACUCUCUGCAGAGGAGCUGAAACUGAGUGAACUUAAAGGGAUAGUUUGAAUUUUUUUUGAAGGGGGGUUGUAUGAGGUACUAAUGUAUUACCUACAGCAGAUGGUGGUCAGGGUGCCCCGACGUUUGGAGAAGCAGACGGGAGUCCUGACACAGAAGCUCAGCAAUGUACUACUGUGGACAGGGGUUGGCAGCAAAAUGUAUUUUAGCCACCUAAUAAAAGUCUACAUUAGUCUAAGUGGACACUUAAUUGACAAUAUUUUUGCAGCUUAAUUGGCAAUCAGAGAGCCCUUUCCUUUGGCACUACAUUUUUUCAACUAGAAUUUAUGUAUGGUGAAAUACAAACAAAACGAGCAUCACAUGGACUGUAUUAAUAAUAAAUACUCCACAAUAAUACUAAUAACCAACACCAAUUCAUCCGUCAAUGAGAAUGUGUGUGUGUUCUGUUACUGUAUGUGUUUUUUAGGACAGCAAGAAAACCCGUAAACCAGAGAUACCACCAUGCCUUGAUCAGUGAAGACCUGCUUUGUUUUAAUUAGUCAAUGAUUGACACAAAUUUUCUGUUUCUGUUCAAUAAAAUCUUUAAUUUCUGCAUUUUUACAAAAUUAAA